CUCAUAUUCCGAGUGUUUCGCGAACGCGCCGGUUGUUUUGAUACUCGCGAUCGAAAAUGUGGCUUGUGUUGUAUGUUUUUUUGGCCCUUCCGCUGUUGGUGGCUGCCUACUUGGAGUUGACCACGUUCCGCCGGAGAAAAGUGCUAAACAAGUACAAAGGCCCCAGGGGUCUGCCCCUCGUGGGAAAUGCCCAUCAAAUGGGCAAGAAUCCCACAGAAAUUCUCGACCAGGUAUUUGCCUGGUGGCAUCAGUUUGGAAAGGACAACUAUGUCUUCUGGAUAGGAACAUACUCCAAUGUGUUGGUCACUAAUUCUAAGCACCUGGAGUUCAUAUUCAGCAGUCAAGAGCUGAUCACUAAGUCCGACAUUUAUCAACUAACGCAUCCUUGGUUGGGACUUGGACUUCUGACCAGCACCGGCAGUAAAUGGCACAAGCACCGCAAGAUGAUCACCCCAGCCUUCCACUUCAACAUCCUGCAGGACUUCCAUGAGACGAUGAACGAGAAUUCGAACAAAUUUAUAAAGCACUUGAAGAAGGUGGCUGCCGGGGACAGUAUCUUUGACUUCCAGGACCAGGCCCACUAUCUGACCUUGGACGUUAUUUGCGACACAGCGAUGGGUGUGUCCAUCAAUGCCAUGGAAAACCGAAACUCCUCCAUUGUGCAGGCAUUCAAAGACAUGUGCUACAAUAUCAACAUGAGAGCCUUCCAUCCCCUGAAGCGCAAUGAGAUACUGUACCGGUUGGCCCCCGAUUACCCCGCCUAUAGAAGGACUCUCAAGACCCUCCAGGACUUUACCAACGAUAUCAUCGAAAGGCGCAUUGCGGCUCACAAAUCGGGAGCAGUUUCGACCAGCCAAGGUGACGAGUUCACGCGCAAGAAAAUGGCCUUUUUGGACACCCUGCUGUCGUCCACCAUCGAUGGUCGCCCUCUGACUUCGAAGGAGCUGUACGAAGAGGUGUCGACUUUCAUGUUCGAGGGACACGAUACCACCACUUCCGGAGUGUCAUUUGCUGUCUACUUGCUGUCCAGACAUCAAGACGAACAGCGCAAACUGUUUGAGGAGCAACGCGAGAUAAUGGGUGACUCGGGUUUGGGACGCGAUGCCACCUUCCAGGAAAUUUCCCAAAUGAAAUACCUGGAUUUGUACGUCAAGGAGGCCCAGCGUCUUUAUCCUAGUGUACCCUUUAUUGGACGCUUCACGGAUAAGGAUUAUGUGAUUGAUGGCGAUCUAGUGCCCAAGGGCACCACCCUCAACUUGGGUAUCGUGAUGCUGGGCUACAACGAAAAGGUGUUCAAGGAACCCCACAAAUUCCGUCCCGAACGCUUUGAGCUAGAGAAACCAGGACCCUUUGAGUAUGUACCCUUCAGUGCCGGUCCACGAAACUGUAUUGGCCAGAAGUUCGCUUUGCUGGAGAUCAAGACCGUGGUGUCGAAGAUCAUUCGCAACUUCGAGGUACUGCCUGCCCUGGAUGAGCUGGUUUCCAAGGAUGGCUCCAUAAACACUACCCUGGGACUACCUCCUGCUGAGCGGAAGAAGCUGGAUGCACAUCGUCACAAAUACGAUCCGAUUCUGUCUGCUGUUCUGACCCUAAAAUCCGAAAAUGGUCUUCACCUUAGGCUGAAGGAGAGGCAUUACCUCUCCCAACACUUGCCGCAACUGGUUGGAGUACUUAACCAGAGUGUCUCCCACUUUGCACUCAAAUGCGAUUUACUCGCCACAGCGGUCGGUUGUCUGUGGUCGCGCUCGAAAAUGUGGACAAUACUGUUGUGCGCCUUCAUCGGCCUUCCGCUGCUUUUGGUGGCCUAUUUCGAGUUCGGAUCACUGCGACGAAAGCGCAUGCUAAACAAGUUCCAGGGGCCAAGAAUGCUGCCAGUGGUGGGUAAUGCCCAUCAGAUGGGAAAGACUCCCACAGAGAUUUUGAACCGAUUUUUCGGCUGGUGGCAUGAGUAUGAGCAGGCUAAUUUUCGAUACUGGAUAGGUUACUAUUCGAACAUUAUGGUCACUAGCCCCAAGUACAUGGAAUUUAUACUCAGCAGUCAGACACUGAUAUCCAAGUCCGAUGUCUACGAUCUCACGCAUCCCUGGCUGGGACUAGGACUUCUGACCAGCACCGGCAGUAAAUGGCACAAGCACCGCAAGAUGAUCACCCCAGCCUUCCACUUCAACAUCCUGCAGGACUUCCACGAGGUGAUGAACGAGAACUCCAGCAAGUUCAUUGACCACUUGAGGAAGGUGGCGGAUGGGGAUAAUAUCGUUGACUUCCAGGAGGAGACUCACUAUCUGACCUUGGAUGUCAUUUGCGACACUGCCAUGGGCGUGUCCAUAAAUGCAAUGGAAAACCGAAGCUCCUCCGUUGUGCAGGCCUUCAAGGACAUGUGCUACAACAUGAAGAUGAGAGCUUUCAAUCCUUGGAAGCGCAAUGAAAUGCUCUAUCGCUUGGCUCCAGAAUAUCCAGCCUACAGGAGAACUUUGAAAACCCUCCAGGACUUUACCAAUGACAUUAUAGCAAAGCGAAUUGAAGCUCGAAACUCUGGCGCUGAGUGCCACAGCCAAGGUGAUGAGUUCUCGCGCAAAAAGAUGGCCUUCUUGGAUACACUUCUUUCGUCCACGGUUGACGGCCGUCCCCUGACUUCCCAAGAGCUUUAUGAGGAGGUUUCCACUUUUAUGUUCGAGGGGCACGACACAACCACAUCCGGAAUCGGGUUUGCAGUCUACCUGCUCUCCAGACACCAAGAAGAGCAGAAAAAAUUAUUUAACGAACAAUGCGAGGUGAUGGGCGAUUCUGGGCUGGGUCGGAAUGCCACCUUCCAGGAAAUCUCCCAAAUGAAAUAUUUGGAUUUGUUUAUAAAGGAGGCGCAACGUCUUUAUCCGAGUGUGCCUUUCAUUGGUCGCUUUACGGAGAAAGACUAUGUGAUUGAUGGCGACAUCGUGCCCAAGGGCACCACCUUAAACUUGGGCCUUCUCAUGCUGGGUUACAAUGAUCGUGUUUUCAAGGAUCCCCAUAGAUUCCGACCCGAACGCUUUGAGCUGGAGAAACCAGGACCUUUUGAGUAUGUGCCCUUCAGUGCCGGUCCACGAAACUGUAUUGGCCAGAAGUUCGCUUUGCUGGAGAUCAAGACCGUGGUGUCAAAGAUCAUUCGCAACUUUGAAGUUUUGCCUGCUCUGGAUGAACUUGUUUCCAAGGACGGUUACAUAAGUACGACCCUGGGGCUUCCUCCGGCGGAGAAGAAGAAGCGCGACGCGCAUAUCCAUAAAUACGAUCCGGUUUUGUCGGCUGCCAUGACUCUAAAGUCUGAGAAUGGCCUGCAUUUGCGCAUGAAGCAGAGGCUUUAAAUGUGAUAACUCGUGAAAAAUUAACAGCACACUUUCAGGCAGACAACCUUUUGAAAUUUGGCUUAAUACAUUUUAACUUUACAUUUUA